UUCAAUCUGAAAAUCGAAAGUAAAAUGCUUGUUCAUUUCAAAUAAACAAAUAAAUAGAUAAAUAUGAUAUACCCAAAAGGAAUCUCAAAUUUCCGCAAGACUUUAUUUCAAUAUGGAAUGAAUAAGAAAGCUUUUCUUGGUUUACAUUCUUCAAACAAAUUCUCGAAAAGUUGUCAGUCAUUUAAAAACACAGAUGACAGUCAAUCACCGAGAUACAAUCCCAUCAAUAUACAAAUGUUAUCAAGUGCUCUGCAUCGCCAGAUAUUCGGAAAUAAGCUUGUUAAAACUCUUGAUGAUAAAGACUUGCAGGAAGUUAUUUCUCAUCUUAGUCAACAUAAUUUAUGGCAGGCAGAAACCAGUUCUUUACCUGAUGUUGAUUUCAAACUGCCACAAUUAUAUAAGUCAGAUAUAAUUGAGCAUUUCAAUUAUAUUGCAAAUGAACAAUCAAAAGACUAUAAAAGCUUGCUUUUAGAGUUUGUUAAUUGUGAAUUACCACCAGUUCCUCAAAAAUGGAAAUUUCAUCCAGGUUGGAUGCAAUAUGACAAAUCUGGUACAUCUAAAAGUGUUGAUUAUCCUGAAGAAUCAGCUCUGGUUUUUGAUGUUGAAGUAUGUAUGAAAGAAGGAAACUUUCCAACAAUGGCAACAGCAGUGACUAAAGACUAUUGGUAUUUAUGGUGUAGUGACAGAUUAACAGAAGAUCAUUUUAACUGGUCACAAAAUGUUACUCUUUCUGAUUUGAUACCAUUGGAAACAACAAAACAUGAAAUAAAGUUUGCUAAAGACAAAAAGUGGAUGCCAAAAAUUAUUGUAGGCCAUAAUGUAGCUUUCGAUAGAGCAUUUGUAAAAGAACAGUAUUAUCUUGAGAGAACUAAAGCCCAAUUCCUUGAUACUAUGUCUCUUCAUAUGUGUGUAUCUGGAUUGACUGGAAUGCAAAGAGCCAUGUCGAUAGCAAGUAAAAAGAAAUCUGAAAAUGAUUCAAAUGGCUUUCUCAGCUCUGCAAUUGGUUGGACAUAUAUUAGCUCUUUAAAUAAUCUUGCUGAUGUGUACAAAUUAUAUUGUCAUGGGGAAAUAAAAAAAGAUGAGCGGGAAAUAUUUGUUUCUGGCUCUCUUUCUGAUGUAAAAGAAAGAUUUCAGGAAUCAGCUACAUAUUGUGCUCAAGAUACAUGGGCUACAUUUCAUAUACUAAAGAAAAUAAUGCCAAUGUAUUUAGAUAGAUUUCCUCAUCCUGUAACAUUAUGUGGGCUCUUAGAAAUGGCAUCUUCUUAUUUGCCUGUUAACCAUAACUGGGAGCAUUAUAUUCAUGAAGCACAGUCUACAUAUGUUGAUUUGCAGAAGGAGCUGAAACUUUCUCUUGUUCACUUAGCAAAUGAUGCCUGUUCUUUGUUACCAAAUAAUCUCUAUAAAAAGGACCCUUGGCUUUGGGAUUUGAAUUGGUCUGUACAAAAUAUUAAAUUUAAAAAGGCAGUUGCAAAAAACGCUAAAACAAAGCAAAGAAAAAAGUCAUCAAAUAAGAGUGAGGAAUUAAAUGACAAAAAUCAAGAUCUUGGUGAAACUCCUAUUUCAGAAGAUACACUGAAUGAUGGAAUGAAAGAUAUGAAUUUAAAUGACAUAGAUCCAUCUCUUAAACAAAUGUAUGAAACUGCUUCUUCCUUAAGAAAAAUAAGACCCUUUUUACCUGGAUAUCCUUUGUGGUAUAGAGAAUUAUGUGAUAAAUCUGCUGUGGAUGAUCCAGAUUGGGAGCCUGGACCUUAUCUUAUCAGCACCCAGAUGCGUUCAGUUCCAAAAUUAAUGCGUAUGACUUGGGAUGGCUUCCCACUGCAUUAUGAUGAAAAACAUGGCUGGGGCUAUUUAGUUCCCGAUGUAAAGGAUUUAAAUAUCUCUGAAACCAAUGAUUUUCCUUUAGAGAGUUUAUUACGACUUGUUGAAUGUACCAAAAUAGAUGCUACUAAGGCUGAGCAGAAUAUUGACUCAUUUUGGUCAAUAAUCUCUGAACCAAGUGAAAACAAAUCUGAAGCAUCUAAACUUUGGGAAUCCAUCUUGGGCAAGAGUCGAAAGCAAGAGUCUUGGAGCUUAGAUCAGUUUAGUAAUGGACCUCAUGAUGUUGGAAUUAAAGGCUGCCAGUUCUAUAAACUUCCACACAAGGAUGGUCCACAAAAAAGAGUUGGGAAUCCAUUAUCAAAAGAUUUUUUGUCCAAAGUUGAAGAUGGUACUUUAAAAACAUGGGGUAAAGGACAAGCUGAUCGAGCUCUUUUGUUAAGCAAAAUGUUGUCCUAUUGGAAAAAUGCUCAUGAAAGAAUAAUGUCGCAAAUGGUUGUUUGGCUCAGUAAUGAAGAAUUAUCUGAAACAAUAAAAUGUAAUGAAGCAUAUGAUGAAAAUGGAUUGUAUGGUGCAAUAUUACCUAGACUUAUACCAGCUGGGACUGUUACAAGAAGAGCAGUAGAGCCUACCUGGCUGACAGCCAGUAAUGCAUAUGAAGAUAGAGUUGGCAGUGAAUUAAAAGCUAUGAUUCAAGCUCCACCUGGAUAUCAUUUUGUUGGUGCUGAUGUUGAUUCUCAAGAAUUGUGGCUUGCAGCUGUGUUUGGUGAUUCACAGUUUGUGGGAAUACAUGGAUGUACAGCAUUUGGUUGGAUGACUUUACAAGGGAAAAAGUCGUCAGGAACUGACAUGCAUAGUAAAACAGCUAAAUCAGUUGGUGUCUCUAGAGAUCAAGCUAAGAUUUUAAACUAUGCUCGAAUUUAUGGAGCUGGGAAAUCCUUUACACAAAGACUUUUAAUGCAGUUUAAUCAUCGUUUAACUUUGGAGGAAGCAAAGAAGAAGGUUAAAAAAAUUUAUGCAGAAACAAAAGGAAUCCAGAAAUUUGUUGAGGGUGAUGAUGAAGUUGAAGACAGUGGUUUUAUUUUUACUCCAAAUGAAGAGAGAAGAAUAUGGACUGGAGGGAGUGAAUCAUUCAUGUUUAAUAAACUAGAAGAUAUAGCUCUUUCUCCUAAGCCAAGGACUCCUGCUCUAGGUUGCAGGAUAAGUAGAGCUCUAGAACCUAAAGCUGUGGAUAAAAAUUUUAUGACUAGUCGUAUUAAUUGGGUUGUACAGAGUUCAGCAGUAGACUUCCUUCACUUAAUGCUGGUGUGUAUGAAGUGGCUUUUUACAGAAUUCAACAUUCAAGGUCGAUUUUCAAUAUCUAUUCAUGAUGAAGUCCGCUAUCUUGUAAAGAGUGAAGAUAGGUACAGAGCUGCUUUAGCACUUCAAAUUACAAAUUUGUUAACCAGAAGUUUUUUCACUUCAAAGUUGGGAAUGUAUGAUUUGCCUCAAUCUGUGGCUUUUUUCAGUUCGGUUGAUGUUGACACAGUUCUUCGAAAGGAAGUUCAUAUGGACUCGGUAACUCCUUCUAAUCCACAUGGUUUAGAAAAAGGUUAUGGAAUAGCUCCAGGUGAAGCAUUGGAUAUACAUGAAAUUCUUCAAAAAACAAAUGGUGGUCAACUUUCAAAGAAAACUGCAGAGUAAAUUAAAUUAUUGUAUAUGUAAUUUUAUCAUUUUAAAUUAUUAUCACAUACUUCCGUUUUCUUGAUGAAACUGAA